UAUAUAAGGAGUGUGUGUUAAUUGGAAAAGUAUCAGUUCACCAUGAAGUUUCUAACAGUUAUUGUGUUAAGUGUUAUUGCACUCGCCUCAGCAGGUGUACCCAGAGAGAAGAGAUUUGAGCAUAAAGAAUUUGAAGAAUUUCACCACGAGCCUGAGAAAAAGCAUGAGCACGACGAGCAUCAUGAACAUCAUGUAAAGACCAUCACUGUCGUCAAGAAAGUUCCAGAGCCUUUUCCAGUCGAAGUUGUUAAGAAAGUACCAUAUGAGGUAAAAGUUCCAGUAGAUAAACCCUACCCUGUUUACGUUCCCAAACCGUACCCAGUUUACGUGGAGAAGAAAGUUCCUUAUGAAGUCAAAGUACCAGUACCUAAACCAUACACCGUAGAAAAGAAGGUCACCUAUGAAGUAAAAGUACCAGUCGACAAGCCUUAUCCCGUUCAUGUCGAAAAACCAUACCCAGUCUACGUCGAAAAGAAAGUUCCUUAUACUGUCGAAAAGAAGGUUCCUUAUGAAGUCAAAGUUCCAGUUGAAAAGCCGUACCCUGUCCAUGUACCAGUCGAGAAAAUAGUACAUGUACCUGUUGAAAAAGUUGUUCACUACGAAGUCAAAGUACCAGUUGAGAAACCAGUCCCAGUUCAUGUCGAAAAGCCUUACCCUGUCUACGUCGAAAAAAAAGUUCCUUACACCGUUGAAAAGAAGGUUCCUUAUGAAGUCAAAGUUCCAGUGAAAAUCCCAAUUGAAGUGCCAUACAAAGUUGAUGUGAAGAAACAUCAUCACCACCACCAUCACCAUCACCAUGAUCAUCACGGUCAUUAUGAAUCAUUUCACUUCUAGAAUGUAUUCACACAAAAAAUCCUUUUUAAAAUGAAAA